UUUGACAGGGCCGCUGCUUUGUGUGUAUGAGCGUGAGGGUGCAUGUAAGCUCAGAAGCGCACUGGGUCUGGGCCUGUACUGGGGGACAUGUCCACAGAGCAGACAGAGCUAACGCAGACCCCUCUGCUGAAGAUCUGGGUACCAUGGGCUGGAGGCUCGACAAACCAAAGGAGAGGCUCAUCGCGACCACAGUUUACAAACUCUCCCACCAUGAUUGUAAUGGUAGGCCUUCCUGCCAGAGGAAAGACCUACAUCUCCAAGAAGCUCACACGGUACCUCAAUUGGAUUGGGGUCCCAACCCAAGUCUUUAAUUUGGGCCAGUACCGAAGGGAGGCAGUUAAGAGUUACAAAAACUAUGAAUUCUUCCGCCCAGAUAAUGAAGAGGCCAUGAAUAUUCGCAGAGCCUGCGCUCUAAACGCCCUCAAAGACAUCGCCAACUACUUCGCUAAGGAGCAGGGACAAGUAGCAGUAUUUGAUGCCACUAACACCACCAGGGAGAGAAGAGGGGUCAUCAUCAGCUUUGCCAAAGAGAAGGGCUACAAGGUGUUUUUCAUUGAGUCAAUAUGUGAUGAUCCAGAAAUAAUCGAGGCAAAUAUAAUGGAAGUGAAAGUGAGCAGCCCGGACUAUGAGAACUGUGACAAAGAGGAGGCACUGGAGGACUUUCUGAAGCGCAUUGAGUGCUACAAAACAACCUAUGUUUCACUGGAUGACGAAAGUGACAGGCAUCUCUCCUACAUUAAAAUCUUCAACGUGGGCUCCAGAUAUUUGGUGAACCGUGUCCAGGAUCACAUCCAGAGCCGUAUCGUGUACUACCUCAUGAACAUCCACGUCACACCACGCUCCAUCUACCUCAGCAGGCAUGGCGAGAGCGAGCUGAACCUGCUGGGCCGCAUUGGAGGAGACUCGGGCCUGUCCUCGCAGGGCAAAAAGUAUGCUAGCACUCUGUCCGAGUUCAUAAGGGAUCAGGCCAUAAAGGACCUUAAAGUGUGGACGAGCCACAUGAAAAGAACCAUACAGACGGCUGAGGCUCUGGGCGUCGCUUAUGAACAGUGGAAAGCUCUGAAUGAGAUUGAUGCUGGUGUGUGUGAGGAGAUGACGUAUGAAGAGAUCCAGGAAAAUUACCCAGAGGAGUUUGCCAUGAGAGACCAAGACAAAUAUCGUUACAGAUAUCCCAAGGGAGAGUCCUAUGAAGACUUAGUGCAUCGUCUUGAACCAGUCAUAAUGGAGCUGGAGCGACAGGAGAAUGUGCUGGUCAUCUGCCAUCAGGCAGUCAUGCGUUGUCUGCUGGCCUACUUUCUGGACAAAAGCGCAGAUGAGCUUCCGUACCUUAAAUGUCCUCUCCAUACUGUACUCAGACUGACACCAGUGGCCUACGGAUGCAAAAUAGAGCCUUUUUAUUUAAACAUCAAAGCUGUCAACACACACAGAGAAAAACCUGUGAAUGUGGAUGUGACAAGAAUGCCAGAAGAAGCACUCCGGACUGUUCCAGAACAUUUCUAACAUUAGCAGGAGACAUGUGAUGAUAUUUACAUAUUUUGGUACCUAAAAAAACUAAAUGUUUUACAAGAAUUAUGGUAAAUCAAAGUAUAAUCAGAUAUCAAGAUGCCUGAUUCAGGUUACCAAAGUUUACAGAAAAGGGGUUAUUUAGAACCUUUGAAAACCUCAACAUUAAUUAUGCGCAAAGCACAUUUUUAUGGUUGGAGGAGAGGUGGGGGUGAGGGGGGAGAUGUGCCUUGACCAAUGAUAAGUUGGAAACCUAAGAGCCUUCCUGUGUGAAUGAGUUUCUGUGAGGGCUUGGCUUUCACUUUCUGCUCACUGGACUUUUGCAGAAAUGCUGUUAUAGAGGAAAUGCUGAAUCAGCUCACGUGAAUCUAGGACAGUGUUUCAAACCUUCAUAAUGUAUCGCGUCAGCACUCAGCACCCUGGACAGUUACCAACAAAUACUUGUUUGUGAUAAAGACAUAUAAACAAAACUAACAAUAAAGUUGGAACAUACAUUGUAAAAUAUCUUUUAACAGUCAAUUUGCUGCAUAUUUUGCAUGAUUUUCUACUAUAGUAGCAAAUACAGAACAAAUCUGUUUAUCCUGUAAAAUUACCAAUAAACUGUAAAAGUCCA